GGACGCCAUGGUCUAUGAUAUGACACAAAAUCAUUUGGUGCCACCACAAAAUAUUGCCGCUGUGGGCCGUUAUUAUUUGCAAGAUUUAAAUAAUGUGGAAAAUCAAGAUUAUGCCGCUUUCGAUUUUGAUAAAAGAUAUCAAGCUCGUAUGGCGUGUGAGACACCACCACCAAUGACACAAUCCGGAUCCGGAUCUGUGGGACAAUCUUUACCACAACCUCCGCCCACGCCAGCUCCACGUAGACGCACCACACCCAUAACACAUUUAGAUCCAGCAGAAUUAGUAGGUCUUUCGCGGGAAGAAAGACGUCGCCGAAGACGUGCAACACUAAAAUAUCGUACAGCUCAUGCAACCAGAGAACGUAUUCGCGUCGAAGCAUUUAAUGUAUCCUUUGCGGAGUUAAGGAAAUUGCUACCAACUUUACCGCCAGAUAAGAAGUUGUCGAAAAUUGAAAUCUUAAAAUUGGCCAUAUGUUAUAUUGCAUAUCUCAAUCAUGUUCUGGAGACACCAUAG